UCAUUUGAUAUAUCCGAGUUGCAGCGCCAAAACAGCAACAGUAGCAAUCGAGUAGUCACGGUAUUGGCCCAUAUAUUGAACAAUUAAAGCGCGUCGCUUUCAGUGGCUGCAAUAAAGAUAGGCAUCUCGUUGUCUACCGAAUUCGUAUUGGCAUAUAAUAAAUUAUUUAAAUCACGGCAAAACCAUGAAUUCUCAAGGGAUUUUCUGGUUCCUGGUGAUUUAUGCCUGCCUGAUACAGCGACUGGUGCGGAGUAUAAAAAACCCACUCGAAAAUCAACGUUCAAAUCAACCGAAAAUAAUUAACGGCACUGAGGUGAAGUGGGAAGGCACGAGGCAUCAGGUUUCGGUGCGUUUGACAGCGAGUGAUUGGUUUUUCGGCGCUGGUCAUAUAUGCGGUGGAUCGCUUAUCUCACCCAGAGCCGUGCUAACCGCGGGACACUGUAUAUGGAGCGCAAGCGCUGAAAGUUAUCGCAAUGCUAGUGAAUUCUCCGUUGUUAUGGGAAAUUUGAAUCGUUAUCAACAUGAUAACGACACACUGUCGAUCGGUGUAAAUAAAAUCUCGGUGCAUAGCAAUUUCAAUGCCUCCACAUAUGUAGGUGAUGUGGCAAUAUUGCAUUUGGCUGCUGCAGUGCCAUCAAAUUUUACACGCGCACAUGCAAUACCAUUAAACAGUGAACGAAAUUUGCGCGCAAAUACGCGUUGCGAAGUAACCGGUUGGGGUCGCACCGAAAAUGACGCUUACUCGCCCGAAUUAAUGAUUGUGGAAGUGGCUAUUGUGAAUAGAACACUAUGCGCUACAAAUUAUGGUGAAUUCAUACGUGAUGGCAUGAUUUGUGCUGGUUACAUGGCGGGUGGUCGUGACGCUUGUGUUGGCGAUUCGGGUGGUCCACUGGUGUGUGGUGGUCAGUUGGUGGGCGUUGUGUCAUUUGGUGUGGGCUGUGCGCAGCCGGGUUAUCCAGGCGUUUACGCUGAAGUGGCUAAUUACUUGCAAUGGAUAAAUAAUGAGACAAAGUCGUUUGUGGAGAUUGACGGUCUGGGUGAUCCUGAGGGUUUUGUUGGGGGUGAAACAGAAGGUGGCUUAGCUGGUGUUGACAAUGCUGCUGGCAAUGGUUCUAUGCACGGUGGUACUGUUAUCAAUACUAGUGGUGCGUGUGGUUGUUUGUUGUCGGCGGCAAGUGUGAUUUUUGGGCUGCUUUUCUCAAGUGUGUGCCUCACAUUUUGUAACUUUUUACAAGCACAACUAACAGCGGCGACACCAAAUGGUCAUACGGUAAGUUUUGAAAUAGACGGCCGUAUUAUCAAUGGCACUGUGGCCACCUUGAAUGCCACAAAACAUCAAGUCUCAAUUCGACGACGUCUCAACGAUGGCUAUUUCUUUGGCACAGGACAUCUCUGUGGCGGCUCCUUGAUCAGUUCCGAUAUAGUGUUAUCAGCAGCGCAUUGUUUCGUGAAUUACGAUAUCAACACGGGCGUUUUCCGACCGGCUGAAGACUACAUCGUAGUUAUGGGCAACUUGGAUCGUUUUGAACAAAAUAACACGCUUAUCUACGAUAUUUCAAAGAUUGUCUACAACGUCAGCAUGUUCAAUUUGACCACAUAUGAGAAUGAUAUUGCGUUGGUGUUUCUAAAUGAUUCGGUGCCCGUGAAUUUCACCAGAUCUCAACCAAUAUCGCUUAACACACAAGAAGUUCUCGAUAAUACAGUUUGUCAAGUGACAGGCUGGGGUCAAACUGAAAACGGUUAUUUAUCGGAUGUGCUGCUAACAGUUGAUGUGCCCAUAAUUAAUGACACCGCUUGUGCCACUCAGACGAAUUUCGCAACCGGUAUAUUACGCAAUGGCAUGCUUUGUGCUGGCUAUCCCGAAGGACAGCGUGACGCCUGUGGUGGCGACUCGGGUGGUCCGCUGGUAUGUAACAAUAAACUGGCCGGCGUCGUCUCGUGGGGUAUUGGUUGUGCUCUUCCAAAUCUACCUGGUGUCUAUACAAAUGUAUCGUAUUGGUCGAAAUGGAUUGAAGAACAUUCGAGUGUUAGUGGAGGUGUGGGUAAAAAUGAAAUUUCUACCUUCUUGGGUCUUCUAGCAGCUGCCUGUGCUUUGUUGUUGAACAGUUAGAGUUUGUUGCUCUUUUGGUGAUAUUUUAUUAGCUUGUAUGUAGGGAAGUAUAUG